AUGGAAGCAACGGUGCUCGUCCCCACCGCACGACCCGCUAAACUCCCCUGCAAGAUCGAAACCUCCCUCGACCGCUCCCUCUUCCGCCUGCCCCUGCUCGGCUGGCGCGUCCCCAACUUCUCCCGCCUGGCCCCUUCCCUCAAAGCAACCUUCAAGGACGGCAGCACCGUUGAGCUGCAAAACUUCGUGGCCCCUUUCCUCUGGCAUACCAUCAAGGCCACCUACCGCGGCAAAUCCGCCGCAGAUGCAGCCGUUCCUGAAGGCACCACGCGCUACUACAAGGCCUACGUACCCGGUGACACAAGUGGCACCGAGCAGAUGCGCAGAGCCGCUAAAGAUGGCCACUGGCCCAAGGGCACCGGCCAACCCUGGUGGUCGACGUACAGGUGGCAGCUCGAGGCGUUUGUGUUGGGCGUCAAGGCGGUGCGCGCGGGUACCCCGGCGCACGAAGUGAGCCCGAUCAAUAUGAUCAACGAGGACAGGUCGACAGAGAGCAAGAGGGUGCCCGUCUGGGUGCAGAAUGAAGAGUCGGUCAUUAUCAUGCAGACCAUCGAUGCAAUCUAUGAGAAGUCGGGUUUAGCCAAGAGGAUCUCUCCUUCCAGCUCGUAG